AAUCAAGCUAAUUGGGUUUUUUACUAUGAUUUACAACCAGCUAAGUACAAUGAAUAUAGGAGUAUUAAUAUAUGUAAUUUUAGUGUAUAAACUUCAUCAUUCUUCUAUUAGAGGCAGUUUGGUAUUACUUAGAAGGAUUUCCAUUAAAUAAAUUGCUUGCAAUGUUAUCAUUCUAUACAAAUUUUACAUAAUUAUCAGUAGUCGUAUAUUAAGUAUGGUCAAUAAUAGAAGCAAUUCUUUUGAAAAAGCAGUCUUUAAAAUUAUAAAGAUUCUAAACUUUUUUAAUAUAUGAAUGUUUUAUUGUUGCAAUUGCAUUUUGGUCAAUAUACUUGAUACAACCAAAUGCAGUAAUAUCUAAAAAGCAUCCGAUAUCAACUUAUAUUUUAAUUACCUUCCAUGGAGGCAGUUUUUUAUAUUUGUAAAUUUACUUAUUAUUUAGAUAUUGCAUAGCUUUACUCACAAAUGGAUUCAAAUAUUGUGAGAAUAAGAAAAUUGCUUCCAUAUCUGCAAGCCUCUAUAUAUUCUUUGUAGUUUUAAACUAUAUUAUAAAUGAUAGAAUUCCAUAUCCUUUUCUAAAAUCUUUGAACCCUUUAUUAGCAAUUUUGAUGAUAAUACUUAUAUUGUUAAUUUUGAGCACUUUUUAUAUAUUUAUUUGUAAAAGAUUUGAAAUGAAGGAUAAGGAUUAGGAAUAAAAACCAAUGAACAUGUAAGUUAAUGAAUAGGGAUAAAAAUAAAAUAAAAUUUAAGGUGGUUGGAAGGGAAAAUCAAAAAAAAAAAAUUAAUGA